AUGAGGAGCGGCGCCGAGCGCAGGGGCAGCAGCGCGGCGGCGCCCUCCGGCUCGCCGCCCCCCGGACGCGCGCGCCCCGCCGGCCACGACGCGCCCCCGGCUCCACCGCCGCCGCCGCCGCCGGCCGCCGGCCAGCCCCGGGCCCGCGACGCGGGAGAUGCCCGCGCGCAGCCGCGCCCCCUGUUUCCGUGGAGCAAGUGGAAGAAAAGGAUGGGCUCGUCCAUGUCGGCGGCCACCGCGCGGAGGCCGGUGUUUGAUGACAAGGAAGACGUGAACUUGGACCACUUCCAGAUCCUGCGUGCCAUCGGCAAGGGCAGCUUCGGCAAGGUGUGCAUCGUGCAGAAGCGGGACACGGAGAAGAUGUACGCCAUGAAGUACAUGAGCAAGCAGCAGUGCAUCGAGCGGGACGAGGUCCGCAACGUGUUCCGGGAGCUGCAGAUCCUGCAGGAGAUCGAGCACGUCUUCCUGGUGAACCUCUGGUACUCCUUCCAGGACGAGGAGGACAUGUUCAUGGUGGUGGACCUGCUGCUGGGGGGCGACCUGCGCUACCACCUGCAGCAGAACGUGCAGUUCUCCGAGGACACCGUGCGGCUGUACAUCUGCGAGAUGGCGCUGGCCCUCGACUACCUGCGCGGGCAGCACAUCAUCCACAGGGAUGUGAAACCCGACAACAUUCUCCUGGAUGAGCAAGGACACGCACACCUGACCGACUUCAACAUCGCCACCAUCAUAAGGGAUGGGGAGAGGGCCACCGCGCUCGCCGGGACCAAGCCCUACAUGGCUCCGGAGAUCUUCCAGUCUUUCGUCAAUGGAGGGACCGGCUACUCCUUCGAGGUGGACUGGUGGUCGGUGGGGGUGAUGGCUUACGAGCUGCUGCGAGGAUGGAGGCCCUAUGACAUCCACUCGAGCAACGCCGUGGAGUCCCUGGUGCAGCUCUUCAGCACCGUGAGCGUCCAGUACGUCCCCACCUGGUCCAAGGAGACGGUGGCCCUGCUGCGGAAGCUGCUCACCGUGAACCCCCAGCACCGCAUGUCCAGCCUGCGGGACGUGCAGGCGGCCCCUGCGCUGGCCGACGUGCUGUGGGCCGAGCUGAGCGAGAAGAAGGUGGAGCCCGGCUUCGUGCCCAACAAAGGCCGCCUGCACUGCGACCCCACCUUCGAGCUGGAGGAGAUGAUCCUGGAGUCGCGGCCGCUGCACAAGAAGAAGAAGCGUCUGGCCAAGAACAGGUCGCGGGACAGCAGCAGGGACAGUUCCCAGUCGGAGAAUGACUACCUUCAGGACUGCCUCGACGCCAUCCAGCAAGACUUUGUGGUUUUUAACAGAGAAAAGCUGAAGAGGAGCCAGGACCCCUCAAGUGAGCCCCCACCUGCGCCCGAGCCCGGGGAGGCAGCGGAGCUCCCAGCAGACGGCGAGGGGGCACUGUCCGCCCUGCCCACGUGCGGCUCCAUCUGCCCCUCAGCUGGGAGCAGCUAGGCGGCCCCCGGCCUGGACUUAACUCAGGUCACGUCAGAGACUCAGGGCCUGCAGGGGGCGGGCGGCGGGCGAGCCCAGGCUGCCCUUUCCCAGCCGAGCAUCCCAGCGCAUCCAGACCGCGUGCUCACUGAACAGCUGACCGCCGUGCCUGCCCUCGGUUCUGGGUGGAACGUGGUGACAAGGGGCAGUCGUGUGGCCGAGAGCGGUGGGCAGGGAGGGUGGGCGCCCCCUGGGCUCUGGUGACUGCGGCGGUGGAGGGAGGCAUGCAGCUGCCCACCCCUGGCCCUCCUGGUGGCCCCCUGACCGGGCCGUGUUGGCACAGGCGCUCUGGUCCCCUGGACGUGGCUGCCCCCCGGGGCGAGCUUGCCGCCCGGAGCUGUGGGCCGGCCCGGGGUCUGCUGGGUUCUUGUACAUCAAGGUGGGGGGGGGGCAUGGGUGUGAAGAAUGUUUUACAAGCUGUU